ACGAGUAUUUGGUAAUGCCGUUCGGACUCACCAACGCACCGGCAACGUUUCAAGCCGAGAUGAACCACAUUCUACGACCACUUUUGGACGAGUGCGUAGUGGUGUACCUGGACGACAUCCUCAUCUACUCACGCGACAUGAAGCAGCACAUCGAACACUUGCGACGCGUCUUCGAAAUUCUUCAACGAGAACAGUUCUACGUCAAACUGUCCAAGAGCGACUUCGCCCUUGAGAAGGUCCAGUUCCUAGGACACAUGGUGAGCGCUCAAGGAGUUCACGUCGACCCCAAGAAAAUCGAAGACGUACGUACGUGGAAGACACCCGAGAACGUGAAGGAGUUGCAGCAGUUCCUAGGCUUCGCGAAUUAUUACAAUAGGUUCGUGCCACAGUAUGCGAAACUCGCAGCACCACUCACGAAUCUGCUGACGAAGAACACGCCCUACAAAUGGGAAUCGAAGCACCAGGAAGCCGUGGAGCAGCUGAAACAAGCACUCACAACCGCCCCAGUACUCAUCUUGCCAGAUCCCGAACGCGACUACGUCAUCGAAGCUGACGCCAGCGACCAGGCAGUGGGAGCAGUCUUGAUGCAAGACCAGGGGAAUGGACUGCAACCAAUCGCCUACCUCAGCAAGAAACUACAUGGAGCAGAACUAAAUUACCCGAUACACGACAAAGAGGCCCUUGCCAUCGUCAUCGCCUUCAAAGCGUGGAGAUGUUAUCUCGAAGGACGACGAACAACCGUCUACACCGACCAUUGCAGCCUGAAAUACUUGAAGACACAGCCCAACCUUUCCAGGCGGCAGGUCCGGUGGAUCGACUUCCUCGAGACACACUUCCACUACGACAUCGUGUACAAGCCCGACCACAAAAACAAAGCAGACCCUCUUAGCCGGCCUGCGCACGUUGCCACGCUCACUGGUAUCGCCAAACACUACUACUGGCCCCACAUGGCAGAUUACCACCUACCACCAGUGGUCAUGACGCAAUUCUUGUCGUCAUCGACAAGUUCUCCAAAAUGGGACACUUCAUCUCAACACACACGAUGGCACGCACCGAGGAGACAGCACAACUCUUCGUUCGUCACAUCAUCUCCCAGCAUGGCAUUCCAACCACACUCAUCUCCGACCGAGACCCCAAGUUCACCAGCAAGUUCUGGAAGGAACUUAUGUCUCUUCUCGGAACCAAACUCGCCAUGUCAUCCGCUUACCAUCCGCAGACAGACGGACAGACCGGAGCGCCUCAACCAAAUUGUUGAGCAACUCCUCCGAGCGGCCUGCAAGGACAAGAUCUCCAAAUGGGACCUGCACCUGCCCGUUCUGGAGUUUGCCUACAACAACGCUACACAUGCCGCUACUGGACAGACGCCAUUCUUCCUCUGCUACGGACGCCACCCCACUCACACCAUAGAAACCGACCACAUCCGCAACAUCGUCUGCUCUACACAACUGUACUUUCUCUAGCAUCCACCUCCCCCUCGCAUUCACGCACCUCCGAGCGCACAACCUCCAAUAAUUGUGGCACUCACCGCUCGCUGCUUGGAUGCCCGGAGCAACCCCCAGAGAGAGCGUAGCUUGCUUCAUGCUUUUAGCUCAGGCCUUCGAGAUUCAGAAGAACGGACCACUUCAGAGAAUAUUCCAUUUGUCGCCAGUAAGCCCUUGAACUAGCGUCCACCCCACUGGUCUGCUCGCCUCUAGUCGCUGUCCAAUGCGCAAGACCUGUCGAAACGGGGUCGCCAUCGAUUAGGUUUUCAGCGCGCUGAACGAGCUAGUGCAUCAAACUACAAAUUACCCUAGCAGUUCAAGUUACUUCUUUUCCUGCUGUGAUUUAUAGUCAUAGCGCGUUUAAGAAAGGAGCAGCUUGCUCGAAGCUUGGUUCGCUUGCGAGCGACCCGUCGCAAACUUUGAAGCGCGUAGGUGGUAACUCUGUAGGAAAACAAUUAGAGGCAGCGCAUUCGUUUCUGAGCUUCCGAAACAAACGACCGUCGGCGCAAUGUGGACUUCCGCGCGUGUCUCCGCGCGUCUCAACGUGCUCCGCCUGUCAUUCGUGCUCGUUGCCGCGACCUGCUUCCUCGCCGCGCCAG